AUGGACGAGAAAGGAUACAAGCAUGAGAUAAAAGAUAUACUUGAGAAGAGUGAUCCAAAGGAGGUGGACCGGGGUUUUAUGGACGAUGUGCUAGAGAAGAUAAAGAGAAGACGUGAGGUUACGCCGCAAGAGGUGGCAAGAGCAAUUCUAUUUAUGGCAGACUUUCCAGAUAGGGAAUGGAAUCUCCCUGCGAUCGUUGGGUCGAUGAAAAGCAAUCUUGAGGAGAUCAACUGGAGAGAUGUGUAUUCAUGUUUUCUGGACGUGAACUUCAGCAUAUGGACUCUAGAGUCUCUGUAUGUGAUUGUCGAUUGCUGGGUUCACAUCAGUGGAAUCAUCACUGUUCCAUAUGAGAUAUUUUUCAAGAGAUGGAAAAAUGAACGAGCACAGAUGUACUUUCUGAGGCUGAUUAUUGAGAGCGACGAGAAGAGGACCCAGCUGUAUUCAAAUGUAUUUUUCAGCAGGAUCAUCAGUAUUGAAGAUUCACGAAGCCAUCGGUUCAAGAAUGUGAUGGGAUAUGAAAGCAACUUCAACUGUGUGGAACUUUUCCAAUGCAUUGGGAUGCUUGGGUCCAUUCCAUUAGUUGAGCUGAUUGCCCGGAAGUCUCCUGAGUGGUGUGCAGCAGGACUUGGCUUUGUACAGCCGAAGUUUGGACGGAUUUUCGAGGAUCUUCUAAGCGGCUUUGCCCGUGGAGCACCAAACAGCUUUAUUUUGCAUGUAUUAUUUAAGAACCAUCCCGAGAUGAUGCUCCAGAAGUCGUUGGUUCUUAUCCGAGAGGGGAUACCUGUGUCUCGAAUUCUUGACAUGUUCCUAGAGCACAAGAUGCUUCCUCUUGUUUCCGAACUCCUGAAUCCGCCGGAGCUCUGUUUCGACAUUAUUGUGCUGAGUUCGAUCAGGGACCACUUGAACCUUGGGAUAUGGCUGUCAAACAACCUGACGACACGAAAGGAUGAAUUUGUCAGGUCAUUAGUGCUGUAUUUGGAUUCUAAGAUUUCGAAAUCCAAUGAGCCCGAGAAGAUGUUUCCUCUGAAUGUUGAGAUUAUGGGGGUUUUUACAAAGGCUGUAGAGCAGUAUGUAAGGAUACUGAAGCCUGAGACUGUUGGGAUGUAUAAUGAAUUCAAAUCUAGAAUUCCCCAUGGACUCCGUACACAAAGGAGCAAGGAGGUCAGAAUUGAGGAGGAAGCAAGCAAUUUCAUUUCGCAGAUAAUCAAUUCGCAGAGAGGAAUCGAAAGCAGCAUUAAUCAAAUCAAGGAGUUUCUAAAAGGGAAUGCAUUGAGCAAGGUGCUGGCAUCUCGGAUAUUUUCGGCACUACUUGAGAACUAUGGAUCUCUUUACAAGCUCCCAAACUCAGACCUUAUUGCACUGCUGUAUGGAGGGUUGAUCAAGGAAGGAGUGUUUCCAAAGCCAUACCGCAGAAUGGCUAUUGAAUAUAUAAAGGGAUCCUUGAAAUAUCCCGAGAAUGACAGAGAGUACUCGUUUGGAUUCCGAUGCCUCGAGGUAUUCCUCCCAUCGUGCCCAACCAUUCUUGCAGAGAUAGAAGAAAUAGAAAGUGUUAAUAGCAUCCUUGUCAAGAAAGAGCUGAUUCUAGUAGAUUCCACCUCCCAUCCAUUGCUUGAUGAAGAGGAUAUAGUGAAAUUAAUAUUUAAGUGUGGCUCCAAGAACGAAAGGACUGAGGAGAUGAUCAAGUCUCUUGAGAUUGAGGCUGAAGGAGGAAUUGAAAGGCUUGGAGAAUUUCUUGAAAAAGGGAUUCUAGAUAGGGAAGAGGUGGUACUGUACAUUAUUCAGAACAUUGAGGUGGAGAAUGGAAGAAGGCUUGUAGCUAUUGUAGAAGGGUUGGGAAAGGAGUUCUAUUUGCGGUUUGUUCGAAGGUCUUUUGAGUUUCUUAAAAUGUUCUUGGACUACCGGAGUGAAAAUGAGAUAGGAAUUGCCAAGGGCUUGGGAUAUGUCCUUGGAGGAGUGAUGCUUGCCAAGAACCGAAUUGUAACUUCUGAGCAGUUUGACUUCAAGAAGUUUGUUGUGAAGUCUGUGGAGUGCAGGAGGAUUCGGUUUGGAGUGAGCUUCAUAACGAGCUUUCUAAAGCAGGGAAAGAGUGGAAUCAUAUUUAUUCCAAAUAACCCGUGGAUGAUGAGCAUCUUGAAUCUUCUGUCGGAGAUAUAUAGCUGUACUCCAAAGCCUGUAAGGGAUGAGAUCCAAGGGUUGUUCAACCACUUUUCUGUUGACCUUGUCCCCAGAGAGUUCAAGAACUUAGGGCUGAAGUCUAAGAAGUAUCUGGCAGAGUAUGUUAUUGAGGAUAGAGACCUUGUGGUUAGACAUGUGAUAUCACUUGCCCUGGAUCUAAGUGUUCGUGAAAUAUGUGGGCCAAUUGUGGAGAAGGCAUGUUCUGUUGCAAUCCAAACGGGAAUGGAACUUUUCAGGACGAUGGCGGUUGAGAAGGGGAUGGAAUAUAUCCUGUUUAGAAAUAUGGUAGUGAAUCUUACGAAGUUCCUAUGUCUAGUUUCUGCACAGGAGCCGAUCAGGGCAUGCAUUUCUGGAAACGUCUCAUACUUCAUGAAGCUUUGCUCUCUAGACUUUUCCACCGAAAGAGUGUUUAAAAUAGCCCAGGAGAAUCAAGAGGUGUGCUGCGAUCUUAUCCAGAAGUCGGGGGCUUCGAAGGUUAGUGAGUUGAUCAGUACUUGCUACAACAAUCUAGAGUAUUCCAAUGGAGAGCCGAAGGGAAUGCACCUUUCUCUUCUUGAAGAUCCUGGACACAUUGAAAAGAUAGUAAUCAAGGCAAUUGACAACGGAGAGUAUCAGGAGAUAAAGGCGCAUCUUGUACAACUAAGCAAGAAGAUUCCAUAUUCGAAGAAGAACAUCAUAGCCGACGAAUGGCAUGGGCUUUUGAACGAGGGGAGAGAAGAAGUAUUUAGGAGAAUACUGGAGAGCGUGGAGAGCAGUGAGGAUAAGGACGAGGAAUGUAUCCGGUUGUGCAGGUACAUCACAGGACAUCUUAUCAAGAGCGGGAGCAAGGAGGACUUCCUGUUUGAAUGUAUGGAGAAGAUAUUUAAGAUAUCAUUCAAGACUCAGAAGGAAGUUCUGGGCUGGCUUAUUUAUUCCAACGACCCACGGAAGUUCAGUGUCAGUCUUGUGAGUAAGUUUAUAGAGCACAAUCUAAUCAAUGUUGUGGAAUACGACCAGGCCCUUUCGAAGACUCCGCUUGCAGAUGGGAAUCUUGACUUUGUGAUCUCGCUCCUGACAUCUCUUAUAACUGCAGAAGUGCAGAUCUGUACGGUCUACGACUUUAUCUGCACACUUGAGAUGCUUGCAGGACAUGGCGACAACCCUCGGGUCUUUGAUUUUUUCCAGAAGAUUAGCAAUUUAAUGAUGCACAUCGAAGCAAAGGGGGCAUCUGAUUACGACGAGUAUGUCCGUAGCUGCAAGUUUACAACUGUUCCCGAGAUGUUUCUUCCUGAAUUUAUGGAAAGGGCCAACUAUCCUGGAUCUGUGGACAUACGAUCUGCAUUCAAGGUGUCUUGGGACCACUUUAUAAGAUACCACAGAAUCCCUACUUCAUAUUGUUAUUUGAAAAUAGAUCCUCUUCCAGGACUCAUCAAGGAGAAGCUCUAUGAGUCGAUCAAGGAAAGCUUGUUUGUGUUUCUGGAGGCAUAUAGAAAGAGGAAUUAUCUAUUUUUCAAGCUUUACACAAGAUUCAUUGUCAAGACGCUGGAUAUCAUGGAGGACACGCCCACAAACAGGUCUUUGGUCUACUCUGUGCUAGAGGUUCUAUCUCCGUCCCAGGUUCCGGGAUUUACAUCCUGCUUCCUAGAAAUCCUAGGACAUAGAUUUGUCUUGAGAUGCUUUGAUUCUGAAGAAGGAGUUAUUCUUGCAAUGGAAGCCCUAAAGUGUGGAUCUUACAGCUCAAAGCUCAUGUAUCCUAUAACACAGAUCAUGCAGUUCUUCAAGAGAAGUUCUGGAUAUGUCAAGAUGUAUUCCUCAUAUUUGGCCUACUGCUGUCCCCAGGAAUACCCCCACGUAAAGAACUUCAUCAAUCAAUUCCGAGACCGGAUUGUGCCUGUAGAGGGCCAGAAUCCGUUUUUCAGAUUACGAACUGCUCUUCAAAACAGGACGUCCGUAAAGGUGACGGAUCUUGGAAUAGGAAAGAAUCUCUGGGUAUAUCUAAUAGACAACCUUAACGAGAUGGAUGCCAUUUCGUCUACAGUGAUUGAAAGUAUCAAGUUUAUGAUAGAAAGAAAAAUGCAUCUUGAGGAGAUCCUGACGAUUCUCUGGAUCAGGAUGAAAGCACCAGGUGCACCAAAGGCCCUUGCAGCUUGUUAUGAUGAGAUCUCCUCUUUUGAUUUUUGCCGUGUGUUUCUAAAGUCUCUUGAAAAUCAUGGUUAUAAUAAACUGUAG